AUUCAUUUUUAAUUAUUUUUUUUAUUAAUUCUCAUCUUGUUUUGUUAAUUACUUCUAGAAUUUGGAAUUUGAUAUGGUAUUAAUAACAACUUUUGGACGCCUGCGAUGUUAAUUUUUGAAUUGCGCACCUUGAAUUAUUAUUAUUAUUAUUAUUAUUCAUGGACUUUUUUUAUUUGAAUUAAUGUCAUGGAAAUAGUUCAAAAUAUAUUUGGUAAAAUCUCUGGAAAAAUGGAGCGGGGGCGGUUUCAUUUUAGUUGAUUUUGGAAAAAUAAUGGACAUAAUGAGUGAACAUGCUUUCGAUUUUUAAAGAUUCAUUUUAAUAAGUGGCAUCUUAUUGCCAACUCAAGUGCUUGUCUCAUUGCUAAAUGCUCAAUCUGGUUUGAAAAGGUUGUUUCAUUCUUUAGAUAGUGGAUUGUUAUUUGAUUUGGCGAAAUAAUGGAUAAAGAGGAAUAGUGAGAUACUGUGCUAUUAUGAUGAUGAAAAUUCGUUUCUUUAGUGGCAUUUAGUAAUCUGUAAAGAGAGUCCCUUCUUAUUGUAUUUGUCCAAAAUUGUCUUCCUGCUUCCUUAUAUGCUUGUGUUUUACUGGAUGCUUAAUUGAGAUUUGGAGGCUUGAUUCAUUCAAACCUAAGACAAUCAAUAUUGUGUUUGGAAGAUGAAUAACUUCCUAGAUAUGUGUCUAUGUUAUUGACCAUAUGGAACCUGCGUAAAUUCAUUCAAAUUACUAUAUAUUAAUGCUCUAGACUUGGGUGCUGUUGUGUUCUUUGAGAAUUGACCUCAAAAUGUUUAUUUUACAAUCAGGGAUAAGGAGAUCCAAAUCUGUGCAUUGUGUUACAAGUAGACUGUCAAUGGAGUUGGUAACUUUUUCGGGUGGUAUAGGCAGUCUAACUGCUGCUUAUAGGAUUAUUUUUAGAAUUGAAUUAAUGGAAGCAUAUGAAGAAUUCAAGCACGUUCUACUUGUCUUCAUAUAUGACAAAGAUGAUCAAAGUUCCCCUGUGGCAAAUGAGUGGGCUGAGAAGAGGAGUUAUGAGAUUGCUGGAUUAAUGUCUUCUGUCUUAAGAGCUCAUUUACGUGCAUAUAAUCCAAUAUUUUCAAUGACAUUGAGAUAUUUGAUAAGCAUACAUAAAGCAUUUUGCUUUCGACAAGGAAUUUUAUCACCCAUUUCAAAUCUUACUGAGAGAUUGCUUCUUGAGGAACGUGACCUCCCAGCAAUACCUCAAGAGAGUUUGUAUGAGGCACAACCGUUUGAUGAGGUGGAUAUACAAGCUCUUGCACAAGCUGUAGAGCUUACAAGACAAGGGGCUAUCGAUAGCUUGAGAUUUGCCAAGGGUGAUCUGCUUCAGGCAUUUCAGAAUGAAAUAUGUCGAAUGAGAUUGGAUGCUGCCAUGCUUGAUGAACUUGUUCGUGAGUACUGUAUUUACAGGGGAAUUGUGGAAUCUGGAGUGCAAACACUUUCUGAACCUUUGAAACUCAAUCCACCAGAGUCUGGGUGUUGUUCAUCACGGGACUGUUCCUUUGAUGUGGAUUAUAACAGUGCUAAGUGUUCAAAUAGUGAAACUUCUGUUAUUACUGAUCUGAGUAGCACGCAAGGAACUGAUGUUGAAUUAAGAUAUGCUGCUGAGCCAGCCAACAACCUUGAAGAUUGUAGCACCAGUGGGUCACAUCAGUCUGAAAAUUCGAGGCUGCUGAGAAACAGAAGCCAUGAAAGUGGUGAAAGAAGUAAACGUAAGCGAUGGAGGGGAAGACCUGAUGAGCUAGAUUUAAUUUCUGAUGUUCAUUUUAACCGAUACAGUAAGCAAGAGAUUAGCACUGCAAUGCAAGUUGCCAGCACAACUAUAUCAAAUAUACAACAGGGAGUGGAAAAUACCAAUGGGGAAGACAAAUUUGAAACUGUUCUGGGGAUGAAGGAACUAGCUAGCAGAGGAAUGGCUGCCGAGGUUGUGGAGGAAAUUAAUGCAUUGGAUCCAAACUUCUUUGUGCAAAAUCCUGUUUUGCUAUUCCAACUCAAGCAGAUUGAAUUUCUAAAACUGGUUGAAUUGGGUGAUCAUUCUGGUGCGCUAAGGGUUGCAUGCUCCCAUUUAGGCGCCUUAGCCUCCAGUGACCCCAGUUUGCUGAAGCCCUUGAAGGAAACUUUGUUGUCACUGCUUCGACCAAAUGAAGAUGCACUUGUGACAGGCUUUCCUUUACGUGCUCUUGCAACUUCACUUCAGGUUGCUUUUGGAAAGAGGCUUGGCAUUGAGGAGCCUCAGCUUAUGAGGAUAAUGAGGGCAACGCUUCACACACAUUCUGAAUGGUUCAAACUUCAAAUGUGUAAAGAUCCCUUUGAAAGUCUCCUGAGAAUCGAUUUUUUGAAGGAAAAUAAUGCGCCUGUGCUAACUUCCUUGGCCACAUCAAAGUCAAAUACCGAUUGUUGUACCCUUGGGUCUUCACAAGCUACUGUCUCUUCAACUACCCGUGUUUCAGAUGAUGGUGGUAGUCCAAAUCAAGCAUCAUCGAGAGAUGUCAUUUGUGAUGAGAAUGCAAUACUUAAAGUGAUGGAAUUUCUUGCUUUGCCAAGGGCUGAUGCAAUUCAUCUCCUUGCACAAUACAAUGGAAAUGCUGAGACAGUAAUCCAGCAAAAUGAAUGGUAAUUACAAAUAUUUAUUUUGCUGGUUUGACGCAGGAAUUUCUUGCUUUGCCGAGGGCUGAUGCAAUCCAUCUUCUUGCAUAAUACAAUGGAAAUGUUGAGACAGUAAUCCAGCAAAUAUUUUCAAAGAUUUACUUGUAAACAAACAGUUCUGUAAGUUUGAGGAUUUUAUUUGUUUAUUUAUUAUAAAAAAAAAUGAAAAUCGCUGUGUUAUUACAAACAUGUACUUCCAU